AUGGUCUCUCUCCCGCCCCGCUGCAAGUCGUCUGGGGGUUGUCUACCAACGAUACAUCCCUACGGAGGUCCAAUCCUCACGAUCGCAAUGUCCGUAAUAACUGAGACACUUCACCGCUUUCUUGAGGUCCAGAAGGAUGAAGUCAGGGCGUCCUCCGCCUUUCUGAGCGUGCCGGCACCGUCCAAGCACGAAGGCACCGCCCUAGUCCAAGUCCAAGUCACGCCCCUCGGGCGCCACAGCGAACAGCGACUAGGGGGGCUGCUGGUUGAGACUGGAGAGGGAGAGGAGGGGGGAUGUUCGACCUGGGGACGGAGGGGGGAGAGACCGAGAGAGAGAUCACCCAUGGAAUUGUACCACGAAGACGAAGUGUCACCGCACGCGCCGCGCCGCCUUCGUGAUGUCGGUUGUCCGCCAUGGACCGCUUCCGGCGUGAUACCUGGGUGGACGACCAGAGAUAGAGAGAUUGGCAAGCAUAAAAACAAAAACAAGAACAAGGAAUCGACUACGAUCGACCCUGUCACUGCCAUGCGGCACCCGGCAGUGGUCAAUGGUCAUACUGGACUGGGCCUGCCGAUCGUGGGGCAGACGAGGCCCGAACCAGGCAAACGUCGCCAAGGGAAGCCCACCCAAAUUACCUCCAUACGCAGCAAGAGAGAGCCGGUUCCCUUCGAAACGCUCGACACUGCCUUUGCCUUUUCGGCGUACGAGCCGGUCUGCUUCAUCUUCCGGCUCGUCUCCAUCCCGUCCCAUCUUCCUAACCCUCUCUUUUCUUCGUUCGUUCGUUCGUUUCUUUCUUCCUUUCUUUCUUCACAACCUAAAGUCUCUUCCACCCCCAUCCUCUCGUCCACCGGCAUAGCACGCUACAGUCUGCACACCCCUUCUGCCCAGGCACACGCAUCCAAGCUUUUCUCAACUGUCCUGCAGAUUGUAUCGGUGCUACCUUACCCCUACCUGCUGGGCUGCUGUCGCUUCUUUGCAAGGGCCGAACGCCAGACGAACGGACGGACGCUUGUCGCGACGAACGACCUCGAACGAACGAACCCCACCCGCUUCGUUCCCUACCCGUUAGUCCAACGUACAUCCCCUACUAAGACGCAUGGCUUCGACCAUACGGAUCUUGCUUUCCGAACUCUCCUAUCACGCAAACCAACGCUCCUCAGCCUGAUACCAACUUGGUUGGCUCUAUUACCAAAACACCCUAACCUAAACAUAAUCACAAGCCCACCGCCGUCGACCACAACUCCUGGCUACCUGCGUACCACCCAAAAGAGAAGACUGGAUGGCAAGAAGAGGCUUGACUCGUCCAUCCAUCGUCUUGUAUUCUUGCUCUCGUUUGCCGCUGUUCUGAACAAGCCAAGGAAUCAUCUGGUCACCGGCCACACCUACUUGCCUCACAAAACAAGCACCAACACCCGCACACCCGCACAUGCACACACGCAUACACCGCCCAUCUUAUCUUCGAAUCCGGGGUUGGCGCCGACUUAA